AUGCCAGUCAUCAACUCAAUCGAACAAGAAGGUCCCUUCAAUCUUCAGCCCCUUAUGAAACGAGGCAACUGGGCAGACAAGAAUCGCGGUGUCGUUUUGGUCUUCGUCAUCGUCUUCAUUGUCUUUCUCGGCCUCGUGUCCCUAGUAGCCUAUCGUCGGUGGAUGAAACGAAAGGCCGACAAGGAGUCAUACGAGACUACGGUUUAA